AUAAUUAUUUUUAUUAUAAUAAAAAUGAUAAAUUUAUUUAAUGCUAAAUAUAACAAGUUUUCCUUAAGGAAGAAGCUUAUUCCACGUCACCGAUUACAUAAGCAAAAGUGCCAAUUAGCCGAACUGAACGUGCUAGAAGCUAGACUCUAGAAUGUUCUCGCUUACGGUUGCAGGCAAAAUAUGACCGGAAAGUACUAGAACACCCCUGACCCUUCCCUGUAACUGCUAUAAAUACCCCUCUCCACAUUCUGCCUCUCCGUAACAUCAUCAAGUAAAAAACAAUCAAAGCAGAAUCUAAUUUAGCAGCUCUAUAUACUGUGAUAUACUGCCACCAUCUUUGUGCCGUUCAAAAUGUCGAUGAUCCCAAGUUUCUUUGGCAACCGAAGGAGCAGCAUCUUCGAUCCUUUCUCUCUUGACGUUUGGGACCCUUUAAAGGAUUUCCCUUUUCCUUCCCCUUCCUUCCCUCGCGAUGAAAACUCUGCUUUUGUUAACACUCGCAUCGACUGGAAGGAAACCCCAGAAGCCCAUGUCUUCAAGGCCGAUCUUCCUGGCCUCAGAAAAGAGGAAGUGAAGGUCCAGAUUGAAGAUGAUAGAGUUCUCCAAAUCAGCGGGGAGAGGAAUGUCGAGAAGGAAGACAAGAACGAUACUUGGCAUCGCGUGGAGAGGAGCAGUGGCAAAUUCUCGAGGAGGUUUAGGCUGCCUGAAAAUACCAAGAUGAAUCAGGUCAAGGCUUCUAUGGAAAAUGGGGUUCUCACGGUGACCGUGCCCAAGGAAGAAGCAGUCAAGAAACCUGAAGUCAAGAGCAUUGAAAUCUCUGGUUGAGAUUUGAUUUCUCUAUUUUGGUGUCGAUGCGUUAUUAUUAGGAUAAAAGAGUAGUACUACGUUUGCUAUCUGCCUUGAAAAACAUGUUAUGUUUAUGUUCCUGUUGUGUAGGUCGAGGUGUGUGGUGAUGGGUUACUUGUGCUGUGCUGAUAAAUAACCGAAAUUAACUUGUAUUUUCUGUGACAUUAGUUACGUGGCUGUGCUGGUGAUGUUUGAUCUGUACAAUGUUUUAUACAUUACUAACUGAGAUGCUUGAUUCCCAUGAGAAA